GAUUUUAAAUAUAACAAUUUACCACUAUGUAGUGACUAAAUAAUGACUUCAUAUCAGCAACGAGCUUUGGUUGAAGAAACUGCUAAAAUAAGUCAUUCAACCUUAAAAGAUGUAAACUGGCAAGUGAAGCUUGUUAUGUCAAGUGAUAAAUUAUCAACUAUAAAAGAACCUUUGGUAAAUGUUGAGUUUGAUCUUCAAACUGAAGAUGGCAAUAAAAAAACCACUUUGGAAAUGAAUAAAGCAGAAUUUAAAGACUUCAUUGAAUCUUUAGAAGCUGCAAAUAAGACUGUGUUACAAUUAAGAAGUUGAUAGAGGAAGAGAUGGUUAAAAAUUAUGUUGUUAAUAAACUUGCAAAGAACAUAAAAAGUAUAUACAUGUGCUGACCUUCCUAUAAACAUUUGUCAACAUAUUUUUCAAAAUUAGUUUGGAUUUGUACAAUUUUACAAUGAUUGCUGUAACACAUUCUCUUCCUAGCAUUCCCUUUAGGAGCAAGAACAAUAAUGAUGAAGUUGACAAGUAAUUGAUUUUAUUGCUGAUAAAUGACUGGAUAUCUGAAUCUUAGAAAAACCCUUUUUGCUGUUCUCAAUUAGAAUAAUAAAUUAUUUUUUAAAGAGAUGCCUUCUUUUCUUCAUUAUGUAGAUUUAGUUACAUAUGUGUUUAUAAUCUUUGAAAAUUUUGAAUUUGUAUUUAUAUAUGUGAUUUGUGAAAUACGCAGAUGAACUGUUAUUGUAUAAAAGAAUUUCAAGGCAAUUA